UUUUGUUCCUUCAAUUCGUGUUACUUGAUCGUGAGUUCCCCGAAAAAUCCGAUUUUUGUUUCUGGGUAUUUUGCGAUUUACCGAAUCUUUGAUCAUGGCGGUCGUUGAGAGCGUUGGAGCUGAUACGGAAGCUAGUAUGAUCUCGCCGUCGCCGCCGUCUUCCGUCACCAGUCAAGAAUCAGGAGGCUCUUCUAACAACGAUCACGGUGAAAAUGGAACUCACGGUGAGAUCGGAUCACACCUGGCGAGAUCCGACGAUGGAGAGAGCUUCAAGCGUGAGAUGAGAGAGCUCCACGAGCUUUUGUCAAAGCUUAAUCCCAUGGCUGAAGAGUUUGUUCCUCCUUCACUGAAUAAGCAAGCGGCUAACGGUUUUAACGGCGUUAACGGUGGUUUCUUCCCCGUCGGUUUCUCUUUAUUUCGUGAAAAUGGCUUUGGUGCUGCUGGAUAUUUCCCCGGCAACGAGGACGGCGGUUUUCGACGGAAGAAGUCGUUCGGACCACAAGGGAAAAGGAAGAUGAAUCCGCGGACAAGUAUGGCUCAGCGUGAAGAGAUCAUUCGAAGAACUGUCUAUGUGUCUGAUAUUGACCAACAGGUCACUGAGGAGCAGCUUGCUGGUUUGUUUAUCGGCUUUGGACAGGUUGUUGACUGUCGCAUCUGCGGUGACCCCAACUCAGUACUUCGGUUUGCUUUCAUCGAGUUCACCGAUGAAGUGGGUGCAAAAGCUGCGUUGAAUUUGUCCGGGACGAUGCUGGGAUUUUAUCCUGUGAAAGUUAUGCCGUCUAAAACAGCUAUUGCGCCGGUUAACCCGACAUUUUUGCCAAGGACUGAAGAUGAGCGUGAGAUGUGUGCGAGAACUAUCUACUGCACUAAUAUCGACAAGAAGGUCACUCAAUCAGAGAUAAAGCUCUUUUUCGAGGCUGUGUGUGGAGAAGUGUACCGUCUCAGGCUGCUCGGAGAUUAUCAUCAUCCAACUAGAAUCGGUUUCGUUGAGUUUGUCAUGGCUGAAAGCGCAAUAGCUGCUCUCAACUGCAGUGGCGUUCUUCUUGGUUCUUUACCGAUAAGGGUGAGUCCCUCAAAGACACCUGUUCGUUCCCGUGCUCUCCCGCGACAAAUGCAUUGACAGUAGAGUUGCUACAAGUUUAUAUAUAUAUAAAUCUCUGCUCUUCACAGACAUGUAAAGAUGUUUGUCUGAAAACUCUUGGUCUUUUGUUUCCUCGUAUGUAAUGCUUGGAGGCUUGAUGAAGCUUCUGUUGCCUUUUGCUUUUGGAAUCUUUUGGGUAAAUCUCUUAGGGAGUUCUUUUUUCGGUUUUUUUUUUCUUUUAGAGAAAAAGGUUACUACAGAGCAGAAGAGAAAAACUGUGAGAGAGGCUUUUGAAGAUUCUCUGUUUAAUGGGCGUUUUUUUGGUUAUUUAUAUUCCUACCUCUGGAGUUAGUACAAACUUGUUUUGGUUCGUAAAUGUUUUUACCUUUUAUAUUUACGCCCCUCUAUCAAA